UGCAGACUCUGAAUACAUUGAUUGCGGCCCAGCCUGUAUUCCUACCUGUGCAGAACCCUCCACCAACUGCUCUGGUUCUUGCAUCAGCGGCUGCUUCUGUAAACCAGGAUUUGUUUUCCGUGGCCGGCGCUGUGUUCCUAUUGAGCAGUGUGGGUGCCUGGAUGAGGAAAACAAUUACUUUGAGCCUGGUGAGAUCAUAUUUGGAAAUGGCUGUUCCAAGUUGUGUCGCUGUGCUGGCAACUACACUUUCGACUGUGUGGACAACACCUGUGACCCUGUGACAGAAGAAUGUCGGGAGGUUGGUGGAGUGCACGGCUGCUACCCGAAAGGAACCUCUACCUGUGUUGCUUCUGGUGACCCCCAUUACACCACCUUUGAUAACCGGCGCUACGACUUCAUGGGAAACUGUUCUUACCUGAUGUCUGAACCUUGUAACAGCACAGAUGUGCCUUACUUCGCUGUAUACACAGACAAUGAGAAUCGCUACAACAAUCCUUAUAUCAGCUAUGUAAAAGCAGUUCAUGUCCAUGCGCUGGGAGUGGUAGUGUCCAUUCUGAAAGGAGGAACUGUGCAGGUCAAUGGAACCAAUGUCAACAUUCCUCUGAGUCCUGUCAGUGGUGUGGACAUUUUUAUGUCUGGCAAGCACUACACUGUGGCCUUGAGCUUUGGAGUAACUGUACGUUAUGAUGGAAACCACUUUAUGGACAUUAAAGUUAUCAAGGACUAUGAGGACAAACUUUGUGGACUGUGUGGUGAUUACAACGGAGACUCUGAGGAUGACUUCCAGACCCCGACUGGUGAACUGGUCCAAAGCCCCAAUGACUUUGGCCACAGCUGGAACACAGACCCUGAGUGUAACAAGCCAGAUGUCGACCCAACCCCAGGAUGUACAGAUGAUGAGCAGGAUUUGUAUGAAGGACCUGCUUACUGUGGUAUAAUAUUGGAAACUAAUGGCCCAUUUGCUGCUUGCCAUCCAAAAGUCAACCCCAAUGGUUUCUUCCAAGCCUGUUUGUUUGAUGUGUGUGAACUGGAUGGAGCUCAUUCCGCAUUGUGUGAAGCAAUAGAGUCGUACGUCAACGAAUGUCAGGACCGUGGCGUCACAAUUGGACCCUGGAGAAACAGCACCUUCUGUCCUCUGAAAUGCCCAGCCAACAGCCACUUUGAAUCAUGCGCCCCAAUUUGCCAACCUUCCUGUAACCCAGUUCCACCAAACCUGUGCACUGGUCCUUGUUCUGAAGGAUGUGUUUGUGACCCUGGAUACAUCCUCAGUGCUGGCCAGUGUGUGAAAGAAGAUGCAUGUGGCUGCAGCUAUAAUGGACAUUAUUAUCAGCCAGGUGAAGAGUUCUACACCAAGGACUGUGAGCUACUGUGUAAGUGUAACCCCCCAUUUGUUACCUGUAAUGCCGCUGACUGUCCACCAAUGGAACAAUGUGGAGUACAGGAUGGUGUAAUUGGGUGUUACCCAGAAGGAUCUCAAGACUGUAUUAUCUCUGGUGACCCUCAUUAUAACACCUUUGAUGGCAAAUACUACAGCUUCAUGGGCACUUGCACCUACACUCUGGCCCGCACCUGUAAAAACAACACCGGCCCCUGGUUCUCCAUAGAGGGUAAGAAUGAAGAGAGAGGAGUUUCUGGUGUUUCUUACCUGAGGAAACUGUACGUGACUGUUGAUGGUGUCACUGUGACAAUGAUGAAAAACAAGAGAACUCUGGUAAAUGGACUCAGGGUGUCCCUCCCCCACUUCCCAUCUCCACUCAUUUCUCUGUCUCUUGCUGGCCAAUAUGUAAUCCUCACGACUCCGUUCGGCCUGAAGGUGCAGUGGGACGGCAACCAUUACGCCAAGAUCUCUGUUCCCAGUUCCUACUAUGACCAGAUGUGUGGCCUGUGUGGGGACUACGAUGAAAACCCUAAUAAUGAUUUCACUAAGCCAGAUGGCUCUCAAGUCGACAGUUCAAGUCAGUUUGGAGACAGCUGGCAAACCGAUGAGGAUGAGGAUGCAACGUGCAAGCCUGACCCUGGACCUCAACCACAAUGCGAUCCUGUGCUGGAGGGUGUGGUGUCAAACCCAGAGAACUGUGGGAGAAUAACUGACACAAAUGGACCAUUUAGGGACUGUAUAAAUGUGGUGGACCCGUUGCCUUUCUUCCAGAGCUGUGUGUUUGAUAUGUGCCGUUAUCAAGGGCUGCAGCAGGUUCUUUGUGACCAGCUUCAAGCUUACACUGAUGCUUGCCUGAGUGCAGGUGCACCUGUCCAUCAGUGGAGGGAGCCAGACUUCUGCCCUCUGGAAUGUCCUCCAAACAGCCAUUACUCCAUAUGUGUGAGCUCCUGUCCGGAGACAUGUCUGGGUGUCAAUGGACCACCGGGCUGCAGUGAGAAGUGUGUAGAGGGCUGUGAGUGUGACACUGGCUUCAUCCUCAGUGACAACAAAUGUGUUCCUGUUAAAGACUGCGGCUGUGUGGACCCCUCAGGCUCCUACCACCCAGUAAAUGAGAGCUGGUAUCUGGAGGGCUGUAAGCAGAAGUGUACAUGUGAGGGUGGAGGAACUAUUCAGUGUUACGACAGCAGCUGUCUUCCUAAUGAGAGUUGCCAACUUGAAGAUGGAGACUAUAUCUGCAACCCAAGUGCAGUGACCUGCCCUGCAGACUCUGAAUACAUUGAUUGCGGCCCAGCCUGUAUUCCUACCUGUGCAGAACCCUCCACCAACUGCUCUGGUUCUUGCAUCAGCGGCUGCUUCUGUAAACCAGGAUUUGUUUUCCGUGGCCGGCGCUGUGUUCCUAUUGAGCAGUGUGGGUGCCUGGAUGAGGAAAACAAUUACUUUGAGCCUGGUGAGAUCAUAUUUGGAAAUGGCUGUUCCAAGUUGUGUCGCUGUGCUGGCAACUACACUUUCGACUGUGUGGACAACACCUGUGACCCUGUGACAGAAGAAUGUCGGGAGGUUGGUGGAGUGCACGGCUGCUACCCGAAAGGAACCUCUACCUGUGUUGCUUCUGGUGACCCCCAUUACACCACCUUUGAUAACCGGCGCUACGACUUCAUGGGAAACUGUUCUUACCUGAUGUCUGAACCUUGUAACAGCACAGAUGUGCCUUACUUCGCUGUAUACACAGACAAUGAGAAUCGCUACAACAAUCCUUAUAUCAGCUAUGUAAAAGCAGUUCAUGUCCAUGCGCUGGGAGUGGUAGUGUCCAUUCUGAAAGGAGGAACUGUGCAGGUCAAUGGAACCAAUGUCAACAUUCCUCUGAGUCCUGUCAGUGGUGUGGACAUUUUUAUGUCUGGCAAGCACUACACUGUGGCCUUGAGCUUUGGAGUAACUGUACGUUAUGAUGGAAACCACUUUAUGGACAUUAAAGUUAUCAAGGACUAUGAGGACAAACUUUGUGGACUGUGUGGCGAUUACAACGGAGACUCUGAGGAUGACUUCCAGACCCCGACUGGUGAACUGGUCCAAAGCCCCAAUGACUUUGGCCACAGCUGGAACACAGACCCUGAGUGUAACAAGCCAGAUGUCGACCCAACCCCAGGAUGUACAGAUGAUGAGCAGGAUUUGUAUGAAGGACCUGCUUACUGUGGUAUAAUAUUGGAAACCAAUGGCCCAUUUGCUGCCUGCCAUCCAAAAGUCAACCCCAAUGGUUUCUUCCAAGCCUGUUUGUUUGAUGUGUGUGAACUGGAUGGAGCUCAUUCCGCAUUGUGUGAAGCAAUAGAGUCGUACGUCAACGAAUGUCAGGACCGUGGCGUCACAAUUGGACCCUGGAGAAACAGCACCUUCUGUCCUCUGAAAUGCCCAGCCAACAGCCACUUUGAAUCAUGCGCCCCAAUUUGCCAACCUUCCUGUAACCCAGUUCCACCAAACCAGUGCACUGGUCCUUGUUCUGAAGGAUGUGUUUGUGACCCUGGAUACAUCCUCAGUGCUGGCCAGUGUGUGAAAGAAGACGCAUGUGGCUGCAGCUAUAAUGGACAUUAUUAUCAGCCAGGUGAAGAGUUCUACACCAAGGACUGUGAGCUACUGUGUAAGUGUAGCCCCCCAUUUGUUACCUGUAAUGCCGCUGACUGUCCACCAAUGGAACAAUGUGGAGUACAGGAUGGUGUAAUUGGGUGUUACCCAGAAGGAUCUCAAGACUGUAUUAUCUCUGGUGACCCUCAUUAUAACACCUUUGAUGGCAAAUACUACAGCUUCAUGGGCACUUGCACCUACACUCUGGCCCGCACCUGUAAAAACAACACCGGCCCCUGGUUCUCCAUAGAGGGUAAGAAUGAAGAGAGAGGAGUUUCUGGUGUUUCUUACCUGAGGAAACUGUACGUGACUGUUGAUGGUGUCACUGUGACAAUGAUGAAAAACAAGAGAACUCUGGUAAAUGGACUCAGGGUGUCCCUCCCCCACUUCCCAUCUCCACUCAUUUCUCUGUCUCUUGCUGGCCAAUAUGUAAUCCUCACGACUCCGUUCGGCCUGAAGGUGCAGUGGGACGGCAACCAUUACGCCAAGAUCUCUGUUCCCAGUUCCUACUAUGACCAGAUGUGUGGCCUGUGUGGGGACUACGAUGGAAACCCUAAUAAUGAUUUCACUAAGCCAGAUGGCUCUCAAGUCGACAGUUCAAGUCAGUUUGGAGACAGCUGGCAAACCGAUGAGGAUGAGGAUGCAACGUGCAAGCCUGACCCUGGACCUCAACCACAAUGCGAUCCUGUGCUGGAGGGUGUGGUGUCAAACCCAGAGAACUGUGGGAGAAUAACUGACACAAAUGGACCAUUUAGGGACUGUAUAAAUGUGGUGGACCCGUUGCCUUUCUUCCAGAGCUGUGUGUUUGAUAUGUGCCGUUAUCAAGGGCUGCAGCAGGUUCUUUGUGACCAGCUUCAAGCUUACACUGAUGCUUGCCUGAGUGCAGGUGCACCUGUCCAUCAGUGGAGGGAGCCAGACUUCUGCCCUCUGGAAUGUCCUCCAAACAGCCAUUACUCCAUAUGUGUGAGCUCCUGUCCGGAGACAUGUCUGGGUGUCAAUGGACCACCGGGCUGCAGUGAGAAGUGUGUAGAGGGCUGUGAGUGCGACACUGGCUUCAUCCUCAGUGACAACAAAUGUGUUCCUGUUAAAGACUGCGGCUGUGUGGACCCCUCAGGCUCCUACCACCCAGUAAAUGAGAGCUGGUAUCUGGAGGGCUGUAAGCAGAAGUGUACAUGUGAGGGUGGAGGAACUAUUCAGUGUUACGACAGCAGCUGUCUUCCUAAUGAGAGUUGCCAACUUGAAGAUGGAGACUAUAUCUGCAACCCAAGUGGAGUGACCUGCCCUGCAGACUCUGAAUACAUUGAUUGCGGCCCAGCCUGUAUUCCUACCUGUGCAGAACCCUCCACCAACUGCUCUGGUUCUUGCAUCAGCGGCUGCUUCUGUAAACCAGGAUUUGUUUUCCGUGGCCGGCGCUGUGUUCCUAUUGAGCAGUGUGGGUGCCUGGAUGAGGAAAACAAUUACUUUGAGCCUGGUGAGAUCAUAUUUGGAAAUGGCUGUUCCAAGUUGUGUCGCUGUGCUGGCAACUACACUUUCGACUGUGUGGACAACACCUGUGACCCUGUGACAGAAGAAUGUCGGGAGGUUGGUGGAGUGCACGGCUGCUACCCGAAAGGAACCUCUACCUGUGUUGCUUCUGGUGACCCCCAUUACACCACCUUUGAUAACCGGCGCUACGACUUCAUGGGAAACUGUUCUUACCUGAUGUCUGAACCUUGUAACAGCACAGAUGUGCCUUACUUCGCUGUAUACACAGACAAUGAGAAUCGCUACAACAAUCCUUAUAUCAGCUAUGUAAAAGCAGUUCAUGUCCAUGCGCUGGGAGUGAUAGUGUCCAUUCUGAAAGGAGGAACUGUGCAGGUCAAUGGAACCAAUGUCAACAUUCCUCUGAGUCCUGUCAGUGGUGUGGACAUUUUUAUGUCUGGCAAGCACUACACUGUGGCCUUGAGCUUUGGAGUAACUGUACGUUAUGACGGAAACCACUUUAUGGACAUUAAAGUUAUCAAGGACUAUGAGGACAAACUUUGUGGACUGUGUGGCGAUUACAACGGAGACUCUGAGGAUGACUUCCAGACCCCGACUGGUGAACUGGUCCAAAGCCCCAAUGACUUUGGCCACAGCUGGAACACAGACCCUGAGUGUAACAAGCCAGAUGUCGACCCAACCCCAGGAUGUACAGAUGAUGAGCAGGAUUUGUAUGAACGACCUGCUUACUGUGGUAUAAUAUUGGAAACCAAUGGCCCAUUUGCUGCCUGCCAUCCAAAAGUCAACCCCAAUGGUUUCUUCCAAGCCUGUUUGUUUGAUGUGUGUGAACUGGAUGGAGCUCAUUCCGCAUUGUGUGAAGCAAUAGAGUCGUACGUCAACGAAUGUCAGGACCGUGGCGUCACAAUUGGACCCUGGAGAAACAGCACCUUCUGUCCUCUGAAAUGCCCAGCCAACAGCCACUUUGAAUCAUGCGCCCCAAUUUGCCAACCUUCCUGUAACCCAGUUCCACCAAACCAGUGCACUGGUCCUUGUUCUGAAGGAUGUGUUUGUGACCCUGGAUACAUCCUCAGUGCUGGCCAGUGUGUGAAAGAAGACGCAUGUGGCUGCAGCUAUAAUGGACAUUAUUAUCAGCCAGGUGAAGAGUUCUACACCAAGGACUGUGAGCAACUGUGUAAGUGUAACCCCCCAUCUGUUACCUGUAAUGCCACUGACUGUCCACCAAUGGAACAAUGUGGAGUACAGGAUGGUGUAAUUGGGUGUUACCCAGAAGGAUCUCAAGACUGUAUUAUCUCUGGUGACCCUCAUUAUAACACCUUUGAUGGCAAAUACUACAGCUUCAUGGGCACUUGCACCUACACUCUGGCCCGCACCUGUAAAAACAACACCGGCCCCUGGUUCUCCAUAGAGGGUAAGAAUGAAGAGAGAGGAGUUUCUGGUGUUUCUUACCUGAGGAAACUGUACGUGACUGUUGAUGGUGUCACUGUGACAAUGAUGAAAAACAAGAGAACUCUGGUAAAUGGACUCAGGGUGUCCCUCCCCCACUUCCCAUCUCCACUCAUUUCUCUGUCUCUUGCUGGCCAAUAUGUAAUCCUCACGACUCCGUUCGGCCUGAAGGUGCAGUGGGACGGCAACCAUUACGCCAAGAUCUCUGUUCCCAGUUCCUACUAUGACCAGAUGUGUGGCCUGUGUGGGGACUACGAUGGAAACCCUAAUAAUGAUUUCACUAAGCCAGAUGGCUCUCAAGUCGACAGUUCAAGUCAGUUUGGAGACAGCUGGCAAACCGAUGAGGAUGAGGAUGCAACGUGCAAGCCUGACCCUGGACCUCAACCACAAUGCGAUCCUGUGCUGGAGGGUGUGGUGUCAAACCCAGAGAACUGUGGGAGAAUAACUGACACAAAUGGACCAUUUAGGGACUGUAUAAAUGUGGUGGACCCGUUGCCUUUCUUCCAGAGCUGUGUGUUUGAUAUGUGCCGUUAUCAAGGGCUGCAGCAGGUUCUUUGUGACCAGCUUCAAGCUUACACUGAUGCUUGCCUGAGUGCAGGUGCACCUGUCCAUCAGUGGAGGGAGCCAGACUUCUGCCCUCUGGAAUGUCCUCCAAACAGCCAUUACUCCAUAUGUGUGAGCUCCUGUCCGGAGACAUGUCUGGGUGUCAAUGGACCACCGGGCUGCAGUGAGAAGUGUGUAGAGGGCUGUGAGUGCGACACUGGCUUCAUCCUCAGUGACAACAAAUGUGUUCCUGUUAAAGACUGCGGCUGUGUGGACCCCUCAGGCUCCUACCACCCAGUAAAUGAGAGCUGGUAUCUGGAGGGCUGUAAGCAGAAGUGUACAUGUGAGGGUGGAGGAACUAUUCAGUGUUACGACAGCAGCUGUCUUCCUAAUGAGAGUUGCCAACUUGAAGAUGGAGACUAUAUCUGCAACCCAAGUGGAGUGACCUGCCCUGCAGACUCUGAAUACAUUGAUUGCGGCCCAGCCUGUAUUCCUACCUGUGCAGAACCCUCCACCAACUGCUCUGGUUCUUGCAUCAGCGGCUGCUUCUGUAAACCAGGAUUUGUUUUCCGUGGCCGGCGCUGUGUUCCUAUUGAGCAGUGUGGGUGCCUGGAUGAGGAAAACAAUUACUUUGAGCCUGGUGAGAUCAUAUUUGGAAAUGGCUGUUCCAAGUUGUGUCGCUGUGCUGGCAACUACACUUUCGACUGUGUGGACAACACCUGUGACCCUGUGACAGAAGAAUGUCGGGAGGUUGGUGGAGUGCACGGCUGCUACCCGAAAGGAACCUCUACCUGUGUUGCUUCUGGUGACCCCCAUUACACCACCUUUGAUAACCGGCGCUACGACUUCAUGGGAAACUGUUCUUACCUGAUGUCUGAACCUUGUAACAGCACAGAUGUGCCUUACUUCGCUGUAUACACAGACAAUGAGAAUCGCUACAACAAUCCUUAUAUCAGCUAUGUAAAAGCAGUUCAUGUCCAUGCGCUGGGAGUGAUAGUGUCCAUUCUGAAAGGAGGAACUGUGCAGGUCAAUGGAACCAAUGUCAACAUUCCUCUGAGUCCUGUCAGUGGUGUGGACAUUUUUAUGUCUGGCAAGCACUACACUGUGGCCUUGAGCUUUGGAGUAACUGUACGUUAUGACGGAAACCACUUUAUGGACAUUAAAGUUAUCAAGGACUAUGAGGACAAACUUUGUGGACUGUGUGGCGAUUACAACGGAGACUCUGAGGAUGACUUCCAGACCCCGACUGGUGAACUGGUCCAAAGCCCCAAUGACUUUGGCCACAGCUGGAACACAGACCCUGAGUGUAACAAGCCAGAUGUCGACCCAACCCCAGGAUGUACAGAUGAUGAGCAGGAUUUGUAUGAACGACCUGCUUACUGUGGUAUAAUAUUGGAAACCAAUGGCCCAUUUGCUGCCUGCCAUCCAAAAGUCAACCCCAAUGGUUUCUUCCAAGCCUGUUUGUUUGAUGUGUGUGAACUGGAUGGAGCUCAUUCCGCAUUGUGUGAAGCAAUAGAGUCGUACGUCAACGAAUGUCAGGACCGUGGCGUCACAAUUGGACCCUGGAGAAACAGCACCUUCUGUCCUCUGAAAUGCCCAGCCAACAGCCACUUUGAAUCAUGCGCCCCAAUUUGCCAACCUUCCUGUAACCCAGUUCCACCAAACCAGUGCACUGGUCCUUGUUCUGAAGGAUGUGUUUGUGACCCUGGAUACAUCCUCAGUGCUGGCCAGUGUGUGAAAGAAGACGCAUGUGGCUGCAGCUAUAAUGGACAUUAUUAUCAGCCAGGUGAAGAGUUCUACACCAAGGACUGUGAGCUACUGUGUAAGUGUAGCCCCCCAUUUGUUACCUGUAAUGCCGCUGACUGUCCACCAAUGGAACAAUGUGGAGUACAGGAUGGUGUAAUUGGGUGUUACCCAGAAGGAUCUCAAGACUGUAUUAUCUCUGGUGACCCUCAUUAUAACACCUUUGAUGGCAAAUACUACAGCUUCAUGGGCACUUGCACCUACACUCUGGCCCGCACCUGUAAAAACAACACCGGCCCCUGGUUCUCCAUAGAGGGUAAGAAUGAAGAGAGAGGAGUUUCUGGUGUUUCUUACCUGAGGAAACUGUACGUGACUGUUGAUGGUGUCACUGUGACAAUGAUGAAAAACAAGAGAACUCUGGUAAAUGGACUCAGGGUGUCCCUCCCCCACUUCCCAUCUCCACUCAUUUCUCUGUCUCUUGCUGGCCAAUAUGUAAUCCUCACGACUCCGUUCGGCCUGAAGGUGCAGUGGGACGGCAACCAUUACGCCAAGAUCUCUGUUCCCAGUUCCUACUAUGACCAGAUGUGUGGCCUGUGUGGGGACUACGAUGGAAACCCUAAUAAUGAUUUCACUAAGCCAGAUGGCUCUCAAGUCGACAGUUCAAGUCAGUUUGGAGACAGCUGGCAAACCGAUGAGGAUGAGGAUGCAACGUGCAAGCCUGACCCUGGACCUCAACCACAAUGCGAUCCUGUGCUGGAGGGUGUGGUGUCAAACCCAGAGAACUGUGGGAGAAUAACUGACACAAAUGGACCAUUUAGGGACUGUAUAAAUGUGGUGGACCCGUUGCCUUUCUUCCAGAGCUGUGUGUUUGAUAUGUGCCGUUAUCAAGGGCUGCAGCAGGUUCUUUGUGACCAGCUUCAAGCUUACACUGAUGCUUGCCUGAGUGCAGGUGCACCUGUCCAUCAGUGGAGGGAGCCAGACUUCUGCCCUCUGGAAUGUCCUCCAAACAGCCAUUACUCCAUAUGUGUGAGCUCCUGUCCGGAGACAUGUCUGGGUGUCAAUGGACCACCGGGCUGCAGUGAGAAGUGUGUAGAGGGCUGUGAGUGCGACACUGGCUUCAUCCUCAGUGACAACAAAUGUGUUCCUGUUAAAGACUGCGGCUGUGUGGACCCCUCAGGCUCCUACCACCCAGUAAAUGAGAGCUGGUAUCUGGAGGGCUGUAAGCAGAAGUGUACAUGUGAGGGUGGAGGAACUAUUCAGUGUUACGACAGCAGCUGUCUUCCUAAUGAGAGUUGCCAACUUGAAGAUGGAGACUAUAUCUGCAACCCAAGUGGAGUGACCUGCCCUGCAGACUCUGAAUACAUUGAUUGCGGCCCAGCCUGUAUUCCUACCUGUGCAGAACCCUCCACCAACUGCUCUGGUUCUUGCAUCAGCGGCUGCUUCUGUAAACCAGGAUUUGUUUUCCGUGGCCGGCGCUGUGUUCCUAUUGAGCAGUGUGGGUGCCUGGAUGAGGAAAACAAUUACUUUGAGCCUGGUGAGAUCAUAUUUGGAAAUGGCUGUUCCAAGUUGUGUCGCUGUGCUGGCAACUACACUUUCGACUGUGUGGACAACACCUGUGACCCUGUGACAGAAGAAUGUCGGGAGGUUGGUGGAGUGCACGGCUGCUACCCGAAAGGAACCUCUACCUGUGUUGCUUCUGGUGACCCCCAUUACACCACCUUUGAUAACCGGCGCUACGACUUCAUGGGAAACUGUUCUUACCUGAUGUCUGAACCUUGUAACAGCACAGAUGUGCCUUACUUCGCUGUAUACACAGACAAUGAGAAUCGCUACAACAAUCCUUAUAUCAGCUAUGUAAAAGCAGUUCAUGUCCAUGCGCUGGGAGUGAUAGUGUCCAUUCUGAAAGGAGGAACUGUGCAGGUCAAUGGAACCAAUGUCAACAUUCCUCUGAGUCCUGUCAGUGGUGUGGACAUUUUUAUGUCUGGCAAGCACUACACUGUGGCCUUGAGCUUUGGAGUAACUGUACGUUAUGAUGGAAACCACUUUAUGGACAUUAAAGUUAUCAAGGACUAUGAGGACAAACUUUGUGGACUGUGUGGCGAUUACAACGGAGACUCUGAGGAUGACUUCCAGACCCCGACUGGUGAACUGGUCCAAAGCCCCAAUGACUUUGGCCACAGCUGGAACACAGACCCUGAGUGUAACAAGCCAGAUGUCGACCCAACCCCAGGAUGUACAGAUGAUGAGCAGGAUUUGUAUGAACGACCUGCUUACUGUGGUAUAAUAUUGGAAACCAAUGGCCCAUUUGCUGCCUGCCAUCCAAAAGUCAACCCCAAUGGUUUCUUCCAAGCCUGUUUGUUUGAUGUGUGUGAACUGGAUGGAGCUCAUUCCGCAUUGUGUGAAGCAAUAGAGUCGUACGUCAACGAAUGUCAGGACCGUGGCGUCACAAUUGGACCCUGGAGAAACAGCACCUUCUGUCCUCUGAAAUGCCCAGCCAACAGCCACUUUGAAUCAUGCGCCCCAAUUUGCCAACCUUCCUGUAACCCAGUUCCACCAAACCUGUGCACUGGUCCUUGUUCUGAAGGAUGUGUUUGUGACCCUGGAUACAUCCUCAGUGCUGGCCAGUGUGUGAAAGAAGACGCAUGUGGCUGCAGCUAUAAUGGACAUUAUUAUCAGCCAGGUGAAGAGUUCUACACCAAGGACUGUGAGCAACUGUGUAAGUGUAACCCCCCAUCUGUUACCUGUAAUGCCACUGACUGUCCACCAAUGGAACAAUGUGGAGUACAGGAUGGUGUAAUUGGGUGUUACCCAGAAGGAUCUCAAGACUGUAUUAUCUCUGGUGACCCUCAUUAUAACACCUUUGAUGGCAAAUACUACAGCUUCAUGGGCACUUGCACCUACACUCUGGCCCGCACCUGUAAAAACAACACCGGCCCCUGGUUCUCCAUAGAGGGUAAGAAUGAAGAGAGAGGAGUUUCUGGUGUUUCUUACCUGAGGAAACUGUACGUGACUGUUGAUGGUGUCACUGUGACAAUGAUGAAAAACAAGAGAACUCUGGUAAAUGGACUCAGGGUGUCCCUCCCCCACUUCCCAUCUCCACUCAUUUCUCUGUCUCUUGCUGGCCAAUAUGUAAUCCUCACGACUCCGUUCGGCCUGAAGGUGCAGUGGGACGGCAACCAUUACGCCAAGAUCUCUGUUCCCAGUUCCUACUAUGACCAGAUGUGUGGCCUGUGUGGGGACUACGAUGGAAACCCUAAUAAUGAUUUCACUAAGCCAGAUGGCUCUCAAGUCGACAGUUCAAGUCAGUUUGGAGACAGCUGGCAAACCGAUGAGGAUGAGGAUGCAACGUGCAAGCCUGACCCUGGACCUCAACCACAAUGCGAUCCUGUGCUGGAGGGUGUGGUGUCAAACCCAGAGAACUGUGGGAGAAUAACUGACACAAAUGGACCAUUUAGGGACUGUAUAAAUGUGGUGGACCCGUUGCCUUUCUUCCAGAGCUGUGUGUUUGAUAUGUGCCGUUAUCAAGGGCUGCAGCAGGUUCUUUGUGACCAGCUUCAAGCUUACACUGAUGCCUGCCUGAGUGCAGGUGCACCUGUCCAUCAGUGGAGGGAGCCAGACUUCUGCCCUCUGGAAUGUCCUCCAAACAGCCAUUACUCCAUAUGUGUGAGCUCCUGUCCGGAGACAUGUCUGGGUAUCAAUGGACCACCGGGCUGCAGUGAGAAGUGUGUAGAGGGCUGUGAGUGCGACACUGGCUUCAUCCUCAGUGACAACAAAUGUGUUCCUGUUAAAGACUGCGGCUGUGUGGACCCCUCAGGCUCCUACCACCCAGUAAAUGAGAGCUGGUAUCUGGAGGGCUGUAAGCAGAAGUGUACAUGUGAGGGUGGAGGAACUAUUCAGUGUUACGACACCAGCUGUCUUCCUAAUGAGAGUUGCCAACUUGAAGAUGGAGACUAUAUCUGCAACCCAAGUGGAGUGACCUGCCCUGCAGACUCUGAAUUCAUUGAUUGCGGCCCAGCCUGUAUUCCUACCUGUGCAGAACCCUCCACCAACUGCUCUGGUUCUUGCAUCAGCGGCUGCUUCUGUAAACCAGGAUUUGUUUUCCGUGGCCGGCGCUGUGUUCCUAUUGAGCAGUGUGGGUGCCUGGAUGAGGAAAACAAUUACUUUGAGCCUGGUGAGAUCAUAUUUGGAAAUGGCUGUUCCAAGUUGUGUCGCUGUGCUGGCAACUACACUUUCGACUGUGUGGACAACACCUGUGACCCUGUGACAGAAGAAUGUCGGGAGGUUGGUGGAGUCCACGGCUGCUACCCGAAAGGAACCUCUACCUGUGUUGCUUCUGGUGACCCCCAUUACACCACCUUUGAUAACCGGCGCUACGACUUCAUGGGAAACUGUUCUUACCUGAUGUCUGAACCUUGUAACAGCACAGAUGUGCCUUACUUCGCUGUAUACACAGACAAUGAGAAUCGCUACAACAAUCCUUAUAUCAGCUAUGUAAAAGCAGUUCAUGUCCAUGCGCUGGGAGUGAUAGUGUCCAUUCUGAAAGGAGGAACUGUGCAGGUCAAUGGAACCAAUGUCAACAUUCCUCUGAGUCCUGUCAGUGGUGUGGACAUUUUUAUGUCUGGCAAGCACUACACUGUGGCCUUGAGCUUUGGAGUAACUGUACGUUAUGAUGGAAACCACUUUAUGGACAUUAAAGUUAUCAAGGACUAUGAGGACAAACUUUGUGGACUGUGUGGCGAUUACAACGGAGACUCUGAGGAUGACUUCCAGACCCCGACUGGUGAACUGGUCCAAAGCCCCAAUGACUUUGGCCACAGCUGGAACACAGACCCUGAGUGUAACAAGCCAGAUGUCGACCCAACCCCAGGAUGUACAGAUGAUGAGCAGGAUUUGUAUGAACGACCUGCUUACUGUGGUAUAAUAUUGGAAACCAAUGGCCCAUUUGCUGCCUGCCAUCCAAAAGUCAACCCCAAUGGUUUCUUCCAAGCCUGUUUGUUUGAUGUGUGUGAACUGGAUGGAGCUCAUUCCGCAUUGUGUGAAGCAAUAGAGUCGUACGUCAACGAAUGUCAGGACCGUGGCGUCACAAUUGGACCCUGGAGAAACAGCACCUUCUGUCCUCUGAAAUGCCCAGCCAACAGCCACUUUGAAUCAUGCGCCCCAAUUUGCCAACCUUCCUGUAACCCAGUUCCACCAAACCUGUGCACUGGUCCUUGUUCUGAAGGAUGUGUUUGUGACCCUGGAUACAUCCUCAGUGCUGGCCAGUGUGUGAAAGAAGACGCAUGUGGCUGCAGCUAUAAUGGACAUUAUUAUCAGCCAGGUGAAGAGUUCUACACCAAGGACUGUGAGCAACUGUGUAAGUGUAACCCCCCAUCUGUUACCUGUAAUGCCACUGACUGUCCACCAAUGGAACAAUGUGGAGUACAGGAUGGUGUAAUUGGGUGUUACCCAGAAGGAUCUCAAGACUGUAUUAUCUCUGGUGACCCUCAUUAUAACACCUUUGAUGGCAAAUACUACAGCUUCAUGGGCACUUGCACCUACACUCUGGCCCGCACCUGUAAAAACAACACCGGCCCCUGGUUCUCCAUAGAGGGUAAGAAUGAAGAGAGAGGAGUUUCUGGUGUUUCUUACCUGAGGAAACUGUACGUGACUGUUGAUGGUGUCACUGUGACAAUGAUGAAAAACAAGAGAACUCUGGUAAAUGGACUCAGGGUGUCCCUCCCCCACUUCCCAUCUCCACUCAUUUCUCUGUCUCUUGCUGGCCAAUAUGUAAUCCUCACGACUCCGUUCGGCCUGAAGGUGCAGUGGGACGGCAACCAUUACGCCAAGAUCUCUGUUCCCAGUUCCUACUAUGACCAGAUGUGUGGCCUGUGUGGGGACUACGAUGGAAACCCUAAUAAUGAUUUCACUAAGCCAGAUGGCUCUCAAGUCGACAGUUCAAGUCAGUUUGGAGACAGCUGGCAAACCGAUGAGGAUGAGGAUGCAACGUGCAAGCCUGACCCUGGACCUCAACCACAAUGCGAUCCUGUGCUGGAGGGUGUGGUGUCAAACCCAGAGAACUGUGGGAGAAUAACUGACACAAAUGGACCAUUUAGGGACUGUAUAAAUGUGGUGGACCCGUUGCCUUUCUUCCAGAGCUGUGUGUUUGAUAUGUGCCGUUAUCAAGGGCUGCAGCAGGUUCUUUGUGACCAGCUUCAAGCUUACACUGAUGCCUGCCUGAGUGCAGGUGCACCUGUCCAUCAGUGGAGGGAGCCAGACUUCUGCCCUCUGGAAUGUCCUCCAAACAGCCAUUACUCCAUAUGUGUGAGCUCCUGUCCGGAGACAUGUCUGGGUAUCAAUGGACCACCGGGCUGCAGUGAGAAGUGUGUAGAGGGCUGUGAGUGCGACACUGGCUUCAUCCUCAGUGACAACAAAUGUGUUCCUGUUAAAGACUGCGGCUGUGUGGACCCCUCAGGCUCCUACCACCCAGUAAAUGAGAGCUGGUAUCUGGAGGGCUGUAAGCAGAAGUGUACAUGUGAGGGUGGAGGAACUAUUCAGUGUUACGACACCAGCUGUCUUCCUAAUGAGAGUUGCCAACUUGAAGAUGGAGACUAUAUCUGCAACCCAAGUGGAGUGACCUGCCCUGCAGACUCUGAAUACAUUGAUUGCGGCCCAGCCUGUAUUCCUACCUGUGCAGAACCCUCCACCAACUGCUCUGGUUCUUGCAUCAGCGGCUGCUUCUGUAAACCAGGAUUUGUUUUCCGUGGCCGGCGCUGUGUUCCUAUUGAGCAGUGUGGGUGCCUGGAUGAGGAAAACAAUUACUUUGAGCCUGGUGAGAUCAUAUUUGGAAAUGGCUGUUCCAAGUUGUGUCGCUGUGCUGGCAACUACACUUUCGACUGUGUGGACAACACCUGUGACCCUGUGACAGAAGAAUGUCGGGAGGUUGGUGGAGUCCACGGCUGCUACCCGAAAGGAACCUCUACCUGUGUUGCUUCUGGUGACCCCCAUUACACCACCUUUGAUAACCGGCGCUACGACUUCAUGGGAAACUGUUCUUACCUGAUGUCUGAACCUUGUAACAGCACAGAUGUGCCUUACUUCGCUGUAUACACAGACAAUGAGAAUCGCUACAACAAUCCUUAUAUCAGCUAUGUAAAAGCAGUUCAUGUCCAUGCGCUGGGAGUGAUAGUGUCCAUUCUGAAAGGAGGAACUGUGCAGGUCAAUGGAACCAAUGUCAACAUUCCUCUGAGUCCUGUCAGUGGUGUGGACAUUUUUAUGUCUGGCAAGCACUACACUGUGGCCUUGAGCUUUGGAGUAACUGUACGUUAUGAUGGAAACCACUUUAUGGACAUUAAAGUUAUCAAGGACUAUGAGGACAAACUUUGUGGACUGUGUGGCGAUUACAACGGAGACUCUGAGGAUGACUUCCAGACCCCGACUGGUGAACUGGUCCAAAGCCCCAAUGACUUUGGCCACAGCUGGAACACAGACCCUGAGUGUAACAAGCCAGAUGUCGACCCAACCCCAGGAUGUACAGAUGAUGAGCAGGAUUUGUAUGAACGACCUGCUUACUGUGGUAUAAUAUUGGAAACCAAUGGCCCAUUUGCUGCCUGCCAUCCAAAAGUCAACCCCAAUGGUUUCUUCCAAGCCUGUUUGUUUGAUGUGUGUGAACUGGAUGGAGCUCAUUCCGCAUUGUGUGAAGCAAUAGAGUCGUACGUCAACGAAUGUCAGGACCGUGGCGUCACAAUUGGACCCUGGAGAAACAGCACCUUCUGUCCUCUGAAAUGCCCAGCCAACAGCCACUUUGAAUCAUGCGCCCCAAUUUGCCAACCUUCCUGUAACCCAGUUCCACCAAACCAGUGCACUGGUCCUUGUUCUGAAGGAUGUGUUUGUGACCCUGGAUACAUCCUCAGUGCUGGCCAGUGUGUGAAAGAAGACGCAUGUGGCUGCAGCUAUAAUGGACAUUAUUAUCAGCCAGGUGAAGAGUUCUACACCAAGGACUGUGAGCUACUGUGUAAGUGUAGCCCCCCAUUUGUUACCUGUAAUGCCGCUGACUGUCCACCAAUGGAACAAUGUGGAGUACAGGAUGGUGUAAUUGGGUGUUACCCAGAAGGAUCUCAAGACUGUAUUAUCUCUGGUGACCCUCAUUAUAACACCUUUGAUGGCAAAUACUACAGCUUCAUGGGCACUUGCACCUACACUCUGGCCCGCACCUGUAAAAACAACACCGGCCCCUGGUUCUCCAUAGAGGGUAAGAAUGAAGAGAGAGGAGUUUCUGGUGUUUCUUACCUGAGGAAACUGUACGUGACUGUUGAUGGUGUCACUGUGACAAUGAUGAAAAACAAGAGAACUCUGGUAAAUGGACUCAGGGUGUCCCUCCCCCACUUCCCAUCUCCACUCAUUUCUCUGUCUCUUGCUGGCCAAUAUGUAAUCCUCACGACUCCGUUCGGCCUGAAGGUGCAGUGGGACGGCAACCAUUACGCCAAGAUCUCUGUUCCCAGUUCCUACUAUGACCAGAUGUGUGGCCUGUGUGGGGACUACGAUGAAAACCCUAAUAAUGAUUUCACUAAGCCAGAUGGCUCUCAAGUCGACAGUUCAAGUCAGUUUGGAGACAGCUGGCAAACCGAUGAGGAUGAGGAUGCAACGUGCAAGCCUGACCCUGGACCUCAACCACAAUGCGAUCCUGUGCUGGAGGGUGUGGUGUCAAACCCAGAGAACUGUGGGAGAAUAACUGACACAAAUGGACCAUUUAGGGACUGUAUAAAUGUGGUGGACCCGUUGCCUUUCUUCCAGAGCUGUGUGUUUGAUAUGUGCCGUUAUCAAGGGCUGCAGCAGGUUCUUUGUGACCAGCUUCAAGCUUACACUGAUGCUUGCCUGAGUGCAGGUGCACCUGUCCAUCAGUGGAGGGAGCCAGACUUCUGCCCUCUAGUAUGUCCUCCAAACAGCCAUUACUCCAUUUGUGUGAGCUCCUGUCCAGAGACAUGUCUGGGUGUCAAUGGACCACCGGGCUGCAGUGAGAAGUGUGUAGAGGGCUGUGAGUGCGACACUGGCUUCAUCCUCAGUGACAACAAAUGUGUUCCUGUUAAAGACUGCGGCUGUGUGGACCCCUCAGGCUCCUACCAUCCAGUAAAUGAGAGCUGGUAUCUGGAGGGCUGUACGCAGAAGUGUACAUGUGAGGGUGGAGGAACUAUUCAGUGUUACAACACCAGCUGUCUUCCUACUGAGAGCUGCCAAAUUCAAGAUGGAGACUAUAUCUGCAAACCACUUGGUACAGGCAUUUGCUCUGUUUCUGGUGAUCCUCAUUAUACCUCCUUUGAUGGCAAAACACAUCACUUCAUGGGUGCCUGCUCCUACACUCUCACUAAGCCCUGUAAUGAGACCUCCGGCUUGCCAUACUUUUCUGUGGAGACACAGAACGAGCACAGAGACAAUAAUAAGAAAGUGUCUUAUGUAAGAUCUGUUAUCAUCAAUGUCCACGACACAACAGUCAUUUUGGGCAAGGGUCGCAAAGUACAGGUGAAUGGAGUUCAGGUCACUGUGCCUGUCACACUUCCAAACGGUAUUAAGAUCUUCCUAAGUGGCAAAUUUGUGGUGCUUGAGACAGACUUCGGAUUGCGUGUCCGUUUUGAUGGAAAUCAUCAUGCAGAUGUCACCCUGCCUUCCUCCUACAGCGGACUGUUAUGUGGACUCUGUGGAAACUAUAAUGGUAAUCUUAAUGAUGAUAACAUCAAGUCAGAUGGAAAGCCAACAGACAGCACCAAUGAGCUUGGAGAGAGCUGGCAGGUGCCCGAUGACAGACCAGAUUGUACUCAUGGUGGAGGAGAUAUUGAAUGCGAUGACAAGAUCCAGAGUGAAGCUCAGAAACCUACUAGCUGUGGCAUGAUCAGCGACGAAAAUGGAAUCUUCAAGCCAUGUCAUGCAGUGGUGCCGCCUAAUCCUUACUUAGAGAACUGUGUGUUUGAUCAGUGUGGCACUGGUGGCGCCACAGUGGCACUGUGCCAAGCUAUUCAAAGCUAUGCUGACCUGUGCGCUCAAGCUGGGGUGCCAAUUAACUGGAGAAAUAACACCUUCUGCCCUAUUAAAUGUCCGGUUGGUAGUCACUAUGAGCCUUGUGGUUCAGCGUGUCCAGCGAGUUGUCAGGACCCUGGAACUGAAGGCACCUGUACUGAGCCCUGUGUUGAGGGAUGUGUGUGUGACCCUGGUUUUGUCCUCAGUGGAGACGAGUGUGUGCCCUUCAGUGAUUGUGGUUGCACUGACAGAGAUAACAACUACAGGCCUGUUGGAAACAGCUGGUUCACAAAAGAUGACUGCACAGAGCGCUGUGUUUGUUCACCUUUCAAUACCGUGACAUGCGAAGCAUGGCAAUGUGGUCCUGCUCAGGAAUGUAAGGUUAAUGAGGGUCAGCUGGGCUGUGUGAACACAGGAGUGGGCAUAUGCCACAUUGCUGGUGAUCCUCAUUACUACACCUUUGAUGGGAUCAUGCACACCUACAUGGGUACCUGUACUUACACGCUGGUGGCGAUAUGCGACAUCUCCAUGGUGACACCCUUCACCAUUGUGGCCAAGAACGAAGAACGCGGCCAACCAGAAGCUUCGUAUGUUCGCUCCGUGACCGUCUACCUGCCCACUGCCAACAUCACCAUCAGCAAGAACGGAAGAGUACUGCUGAAUGAACGCAGGAUAAAGACCCCCUACGACAUCACUGCAGCCAAGGCACGGGUGUUUACCAGUGGAGUAAACACCGUACUAGACACUGACUUUGGCCUGAUUGUGAAGUUUGAUGGAGUGCACCAUAUUGAGAUCACAGUGCCUGGAGACUAUUUCAACAAGGUGUGUGGAAUGUGCGGUAAUUACAACGGCGAUUCCUCUGAUGAUAACUUGAUGCCUGAUGGCAAACCGGCUGAAAAUGCCAUUGAACUUGGUAACAGCUGGAAAGCAGAAGGAGACAGUGAUCCUAGCUGCCAACCUGAUCCACGACCUGAAGACAUACCCAACUGUGACGAGAAUGAGGACGAAAUCUACAAGUCACAGUGUGCGGCGUCAAUCCUGUCUGAUCUCUUCAAGCCCUGUCACUCUCUCAUUCCUCCAGAAGCCUUCCUGGGGAACUGCGUUUAUGACAUGUGCGAAUAUGAUGGCAUGCAGUCGACUCUGUGCGAUAACGUUGAGGCUUACGCCCAGGCCUGUCAUAGCGCUGGAAUCACGAUCAGCUGGAGGAACAGCACAUUCUGCCCUCUCCCGUGCCCACCAAACAGUCACUAUUCUGAGUGCACAGCACCAUGUCCUCCUACUUGUGCCGACCUCUUCCCCAUAUUCUGCCCAUUACCACCCAAUAGCUGUGUCGAAGGCUGUCAAUGCAAUGCAGGCUUCGUGCUAAGUGAUGGCAAGUGUGUUCCUCUCUCAAGUUGUGGGUGUGUUGACAGCAAUGGAGAGUAUCAUGAGGUGGGAGAUUCGUGGAUAACUGACCACUGCGAACAAAGGUGCAGCUGCAGCCUUGGAGCAGUGCUGUCCUGCACAUCUUUUGAAUGCAAUGACAACUCAAUCUGUGAUCUUGACAGCAGUGGAGACCGUUACUGCAAACCCGAGAAAUUCGAUGACUGCAAUAUUGCUGGGGACCCUCACUAUCGAACCUUUGACAAUUACAAUCACCACUACCAGGGAGCAUAUACCUAUGUAUUAACCCAAGGAAACAAUCUGCCAAGCUCCCUCACUCCUUUCAGGGUCCGCGGAAAAAACCAAAGGCAGGGAGGCAUCGGUCGGGUGUCCCUCCUGCACGAGGUCUAUGUGGAUGUGUACGGCAUUACUGUUCGCAUACAGCAGAAGAAGAAAGUGCUGGUCGAUGGCGAGAAAGUUGGUCUACCAUACAGUCCUGUAAAGGGAGUUACCAUAAAAACAAAGUCUCGCUUUGUUAUGCUCACAACUGACUUUGGCCUUUCUGUGCGCUUUGAUGGCAGUUCCCAUGGAGUGGUGAGACUGCCUAGUGUAUACAGAUCUCAUGUGCUCGGUCUGUGUGGUAAUUAUGAUGGACGCACCAGUAAUGAGUACACAAAACCAGAUGGCACAGUUACUCGCAACCUCAAUGAGUUUGGAGACAGCUGGAGAAUAACGGACAAAGAUGGGGCGAGUCUUCGUACCACAUCCCUACCAAAGAUGGUGCACCUGCACAAGCGUGAAGUAGAGGCCGAUCCAGAUUCAGGGUUUGAGACGACGGGCUGCACAAACGCUCAGCUGGCUGAGCUGAAUGGGACUAAACAGUGUGGGGCACUCAGUGACCCUACUGGUCCUUUCACUGCCUGUCAUGCUGUGGUCAAUCCAGACGUGUUUCAGGAGGACUGUGUGUUUGACCUGUGCGCUGAGCAGGGCAGUGAAAUGCUGCGGUGUGAAAAUUACGCUGUCUACGCUCGGGCUUGUCAAGAUCAGGGUGUCACAUUAGGGCUAUGGAGACAAGAGUUGAAUUGCGGUCUGCAAUGUGAAGCCAACAGCAACUACUCCACCUGUAUGACUCCAUGCCCGGCGUCAUGCGCAGACCUGGCGGCUCCUUCAGAGUGCGAACAAACAGAGUGUGUGGAGGGAUGUAAGUGCCAACCUGGCUUUGUCCUGAGCGACCAAGACUGUGUGCCUUACAGCCAGUGUGGAUGCACUUACCUAAAUCGCUACUAUCUGCUCAAAGAGACAUUUGUCACUGAAGAUUGUUCACAAAGUUGUGAGUGUACCACAACUGGAGCUGUGUGUCAAACAAAGAGCUGUAGAGACAACAAGAUCUGCACUGUCUAUGAGACCAAACGCGACUGUUAUGAAGCGAGUCCAUGUUUGAGCUCGCCCUGUGAGAACGAUGGUACCUGUGUGGAAAAACCAGACGGUUCUGGGUACACCUGCACUUGUGCUGAAGGUUUUGAGGGCACAAAUUGUGAGCUCUUUAAAAUCCCCACUGAGGAAGGCCUGGAUAAAACAUCUAUUAUCUUGAUUGGAGUCCUUGUGCCGCUUGGUGUCAUCCUCAUAGUCACUGCAAUUGUGUGCAUUUACAAGAAGUGCAGCCGCAAAAAAAUGAUUUAUGAUACAAGUAAAUUUGAACUGAACAAAACAGAACAUCCCUAUGAAAAUCUGGAUGAUAUUAAGAAGCAAGAAGAGGACAACAGCGUGAUGAAGGCAACAACAUUCUGAAGUGGUUUUUGAUGCUGAUUUGCUGAUAUGUGAAGAUUUUGACUAUAUUUAUUCACUUUAAAUGUCUUUGUGGAAUAUGUGAACUGGCAAAACCUCUGUUAAUAGUUUUUCAACCUUUCAGUAACUUAUUUGUAAACUUUUAUAGUAAUUUUUGUUGUCAGGUGUGAUAUAAUUGGGUGAAGUGCAAUUAUCAAAUGUCUGUGAACAUCUGAUAUGAAAUAAAUUAUAAUUUCUUCUGAAA